CUCCUCCAGUGGAGAAACCAGACAACAAACCCCCCGCACAGCAGCAGCAGGAUGCCGUGCUGCGGAGUCCUGUGUCAGUAUGAAACCAACAAGCUGGUCCGGAUCCAGAGCGUCCGGCUCGGCUCUCUCAAGUGGAGCCUGAACGCAACCAUCCUGCUGUUUAUCUGCAUGAUGCUGCUGUGGAACAGGAAAUACCAGGAGUUUGACCUGGUGGUUAGCUCCGUCACCACCAAGGUGAAGGGUGUAGCUCAGACCCAGCUGCCCGGGGUCGGGGACGUGGUCUGGGACGUGGUGGACUACAGCGGGCCCGCACAGGAGAAAAACUCCUUCUUCGUGGUGACCAACGUCAUUGUGACGAAGAACCAGAAGCAGGGGAAGUGUCCCGAGGUUCCCCCGAAGGACAGAUUGUGUCGCAGUGAUAAGGACUGUGAGAGAGGAGGCUGGGAUCAGCAGAGCCACGGGAUCAAGACGGGAUCGUGUCUGAAGUUUGACGUGUUGAGGAAAACCUGCGAGGUCUCUGCUUGGUGUCCCAUCGAAUCCAGGACCAACCCUCCGAGGUGAACUCCACCGUUUCGUUGUCGGAUCAGGAUUUUGUCACGAAACCUCUGACUCAGCAGGAAGUCAUCUUCUCUUGAUCCUCUGACGAUUAGUUUCGAGGCACCAACGGGUCAAAAUUUAACUUAAAACAGAUUUUUAUUUUUGGCCACUUGGGGGCAGCAGAAACAAGUCGCGAACACAACGUUGACACAUCAUCAUAUUUUAAAUUUGAUUAGAUUUUUAUUUUGAAUUUGAAAUCACAACAACUCAGAAUAGUAUCAUGACACAAAUCCCAUUACAUAAUGCCUCAUUUGCAUAUUUAAACAUUACAUUUCAGAAAACUUGUAAUAGAAUAAA